ACCGGAAAAUUUUUUUUAACCUAAAAGUUUAUUAUUAUUAAAAAAAAUUGUUUGUUUAUUGAUGGAGGAAUUAUUAAAUGUUGAAUCAUUUUUUAAAUCUUCUCAAGUCCAUCUUUCUCGAGAAUGGCUCGAAAGCUGUAUACAGUGGUGCAAGGAAGAAAACCUCCCAUCAAAUUACACUUUAAAAGAUUUGCAAGUGAAUGUUUUUGAACAGUGGUUGCUCUUAGAUUUAAGGGAAGUAGAAGUAGCUUGUCUCCCAUUAGAUAUAUCCUCCAAAGUAAAAUAUAUUCUUCAAGGCAAAUAUGCCUUACAGUUAAUGCAAGUUGUUGAUAUAUCGAAACCUAAAUAUUUCCAACUACAGAGGAUCAGAAAUGGUGUACCUAAGAACCUUGAACAGGAAUCUGAGAAUUCCAAGAGAGUACUUCAACUCACUUUAACUGAUGGUGUACAGGAAGUUAUAGCUGUGGAGUACAAACCAGUAGAGUGUUUGAACCUUAAUCUCUCUCCAGGUAUAAAAAUAAGGCUAAUCGGACCAAUUCAGGUAAGGAGAGGAAGACUGAUGUUAGAAGAUAAACAUGUUAAAAUUAUUGGUGGUGAAGUGGAUACUUUACUCAUCUCUAAUGCUGCCGAAAAUAUUCUAGCCAAAAGUUUGAAUCAGCCAUUGAAUGAGAAACCCCAAAUUAUUAAAGAAAGUAUUUUGACUGCAGAUACAAAUAUAUUCAAUGAAACAGAGUUUUCCUCUACAACCCAAACCAGAAAUACCCAGAGUAAUGUGAUAAAUAAUACCCUACUUCAAAAUCAAAGAGCAAACAAUCAGUUUGAUAGCAAUAGAAAUUUAAAUACUCAUGUGAGUAGUACACCAAAACCAAAUACAGCCCCACCACAGUUCCAGAAUGUAGACGAUUUUGAUGAUGAUUUCAGAAUAGAUUCCGAAAUUGAAAUGCUCAUGGAGGCAGAAAGGGAUUUUGAAGGAGAUGUUAGUAUGACUAAAAAAACUAAAAGCAAAACUCCUGAUUUGUUUGAGGAUGAUUUUGAUUUUGAAGCUAUUGAUAUACCUAGCACUCUUAAACCUUCCACUAGUAAGAAUGCUGCAUCAAAUUUGAAUAAUUCUAAAAGUAUCAUUAAUAUAUCUGAUAGUAUAGAUGAAAAAAAUAACAGUGUGAGCACUACUCAACAGUCUGAUAAAAUAGGAACAUCCACUGCAAGUGCUCCUACGCCAGUGGUAUGGUCUGUUGAAAAGCUGGUUAAAACUAUCCCGAAUGUUUCUAACGGAAAAUUCAAAAUAAGAGCCAAAUUCAAAAAGAUAACUGAAAAAAUGACUGUAGUAGAGGACAAUUUCCAUUUAGUUGCAGAAGUAGAAGAUGAAGGUGCUUCAGUAGCUUUAAAAUUCCAUUCAGAUGUUGUUUCAGACUUGAUCGGUUGUUCAGUGCAAGAGUUUAUGGCGCUUAGGGAAGAGUGGUUACGAAGUAAUGUGGAGGCGAAGAAUAAAGUAUUAGGGGCCUUGGAUAGUUUGAAGAAUCGUCUUACAGAUCUAGAUAACGUACUAGAAGUCGUGGUCAAUGUCAAAGAAAAAUUUCCAGUUCUUGUAAAAAUAUUGUAAUUAUGUUAUUUAUAUUAAUAAUAAAUGUAUAUAUUUUU